AUGUUGUCGAGGAGCUCUCAAAGAACGGCGCAGACGCUUCUGCGGGGCGCUCAGCCAGCAUCGCGAUAUGGCCGCCCGUCGAUGGCUGCACGAACAAUGGCCACAGUCAACAAGGACAUCUUCAAGCCCACCAAGUUCGGCGGCAAAUACACCGUUACCCUCAUUCCUGGUGACGGUAUCGGUGCGGAAGUCUCCGAGUCGGUCAAGGAGAUCUUCAAGGCAGACAACGUGCCCGUGGAGUGGGAGCAGGUCAAUGUAUCCGGUGUCGACUCGGGCAACGUCAACUCCGAAGAGCUCCUCCGCGAGUCGAUUGCCUCGCUGAAGCGCAACAAGCUUGGUCUCAAGGGUAUCUUACACACGCCCGUUGAGCGCUCUGGACAUCGCUCUUUCAACGUUGCCCUCCGCCAAGAACUCGACAUCUACGCUUCCAUUGUCCUCCUCAAGAACAUCCCGGGAUACGAGACGCGCCACAAGAAUGUCGACUUCUGCAUCAUCCGUGAGAACACUGAGGGCGAGUACUCUGGUCUCGAACACCAGUCGGUUAGCGGCGUUGUUGAGUCGCUCAAAAUUAUCACCCGUGAGAAGUCGGAGCGAAUUGCCAAGUUCGCUUUCGCUUUCGCCCUCGCCAACAAUCGCCAAAAGGUUACCUGCAUCCACAAGGCCAACAUUAUGAAGCUUGCCGAUGGUCUCUUCCGCAACACCUUCAAGAAGGUUGCCGAGGACUACCCAUCCCUCGAUGUUGAGGACAUGAUUGUCGACAACGCCUCUAUGCAGUGUGUAUCCAGACCACAGCAGUUCGACGUCAUGGUCAUGCCCAACUUGUACGGAGGUAUCCUCUCCAACAUUGGUGCUGGCCUUGUUGGUGGUCCCGGUAUCGUUCCUGGAUGCAACAUGGGUCGCAACGUCGCCGUCUUUGAGCCUGGAUGCCGUCACGUCGGUCUCGACAUCAAGGGCAAGGACCAGGCCAACCCGACUGCACUGAUCCUGUCUGCUGCUAUGAUGCUGCGACACAUUGGGCUUGACGACCACGCCAACCGCAUUUCGCAGUCCGUCUACAAGGUUAUUGCUGAUGGUGUUCGCACUCGUGAUAUGGGAGGCAACACCACCACCAACGAGUUCACUCGUGCAGUUCUGAACCAAAUGGAGAAGGCAUAG